GAGCUCCUGAGAGCAACCCAUUCUUUCACCAAUGUUUUUACAAGCCGUCUGCAUGCCUAGGGGCUUGAUUGAACACACCUGUGGCCAUGGAGGGGAUUGGAGCACCUGAAUCACAUGAUAUGGAGGGGAUUGGAGCACCUGAAUCACAUGAUAUGGAGGGGAUUGGAGCACCUGAAUCACAUGAUAUGAAGGGGAUUGGGGACACCUGAAUCACAUGAUUUGGAGGGGAUUGGAACACCUGAAUCACAUGAUAUGGAGGGGAUUGGAACACCUAAAUCACAUGAUAUGGAGGGGAUUGGAACACCCGAAUCACAUGAUAUGGAGGGGAUUGGGCCACCAGAAUCCAAUGAUUUGGAGGGCGGGACAAUACUUGACAUCACAUGACACCCUGGACUUAGAGUGGAGAUACCGG